AUGGAUUUCCGAGCAACCGUGCUGACGAGGGAUCAGCGGCGGUCUGCCGUCGGCCGCUCCGGUGGCCUGGCGGCGCUCUCGGCCGGCCUCUCGCGUGUCCUCGCCGACAAGCACCCAGACAGCAACAUCGUCUUCUCGCCGCUGUCCAUCUACACCGCGCUGGCGCUCGUGGCCGCCGGCGCCCGCGGCCCCACUCUGGAGGAGAUCCUCAGCGUCCUCGGCGCGCGGUCCCGCGAAGAGCUCGACGAGUUCGUCGGCGCGACGCGGGACGCGCUGCAGGACCGGUCGGGCUCCGGCGGCCCGCGGUUCGCGUUCGCGUGUGGCGUGUGGAGCGACCUGUCGUGCCCGCUCAAGCCCGGCUUCCGCGAGGCCGUGGUCGACGGCGCGUACAAGGUCGAGGCGUCCACCGUCGACUUCCGCGGCGAUCACAGGGGAGCAUGCCGGCUGAUCAACAAGUGGGCGGCGCGCGCUACGAACGGCCUCAUCGACUUCGUUCUCAGCGAAGGCUCCGUGACCCCGGACACCCGCGUCGUGCUCGGCAACGCCGUGUACUUCAAGGGCAAGUGGGAAGAACCCUUCAGCAAGGGAGACACGGAGAAGGCGCCGUUCCGCCGGCUACGCGGCGGCGCCGUCGACGUGCCCUUCAUGCACAACGGGAAGCAUCAGUUCGUAGCCGUGCACGACGGAUUCAAGGUGCUAAAGCUUCGGUACAAGAUGUUGGACGCCUUCUUAACACCCACACAGUUCUCCAUGUGCAUCUUCCUCCCGGACGCCGACGACGGCCUGCGCAGCCUGAUCGACGCCAUCGCUUCACGUCCGAGCUUCCUGCACGAACACAUGCCUCGUCGCAAGAUCGAAGUCCGUGACUUCCGUGUGCCCAGGUUUAAGCUGUCCUUCCACCAAAGCGUCGUCGACAACCUGAAGGAGUUAGGCCUCCAACUUCCCUUCAGCCCCAAGGCCGACCUGUCCGACAUGACGGAGGACGACCACUCCGGUUUCCGGCAGGGCCUGAACAACGUAAUCCACAAGGCAAUCAUUGAGGUGAACGAGGAAGGCACUGAAGCUGCCGCCGCCACCAUGGUUUGUAUCAACCCUACAGCCUCCGCGACGCCGCAGCCAUGGGUAGAUUUUGUCGCUGAUCAUCCGUUCGCCUACUUCAUUGUGGAGGAGGAGACUGGCGCCGUCGUCUUUGCCGGGCACGUCCUAGACCCGUCACAGUGUAGCUAG